AUGCUUCUUCUAGUGAAGUGGUGCUUGAAAACCUGCUAUUUAUACGGACGUUUUACCGGCGUAUUAAAUUUCAAAUUCGAUUUCAAAAAGGGCCAUUCAGUAGCCACCAAUAAAAGUACAAUAUGUUCAGCCGCUUCGCAUUUACUCAUGUUCUCACUACUGAUUUACCAUGUAGUGAAAUCACGUUCUAUCGCCAGUCUGUGGAAAUACGCAAAUUCCCUUCAUGGAUACGUGUUGAUGGUUAUAGCGGGUUUUCGAUUAAUAUGUGUUUUCCUGGCUUUAGUCAGUCGCUGGUCUCAACGUCGGACUUUUAUGCGAAUCUUCGAAUCAUUUUGGAGCCUUUAUAAGAAAAAUCCAGAGAUAAUCCAGUACUGCCAGAGGGGCAUCCUUAGCAAGUACUUCUGUGUCACAAUGGCUGAGACUUUUCAAAUUAUUGCCACCAUGGUUCUAAUGCGAAAUCAGCUAACCUUGGCUUUAGGUCUACGCAUUUGGGCAGUUUUGAGUUUGACGGCCGUCAUUAAUGUGAUUAUUAUGCAAUAUUUUAUUGCCAUGGCGAGUAUUCGAGCCAGAUACAUUCUUCUGAAUAAGAAUCUCCGAAUGGUUUUGGCCGAAACACGAUCCCUGAAUCCCAAUCGAAGUGGAGUUUUCGUAACCAGAUGUUGCUGCCUCGCCGAUCGCCUGGAAGAAAUCGCCACCGAGCAAUCUAAUUUACAAAAGCUUACAGAACAAUUAUCAAAGGCUUAUCAGGGUCAAGUAGUCUGCCUGGCCAUCAGUUACUAUCUGAAUAUGGUGGGAAGUUUUUACUUAUUGUUCAGUAUCACCAAAUACAAGGGCCUAACCCAAGACACAUCAUUGAUCGUUACCAUCUGCAGCUUAGCUUACUUCGGUUUUUAUUAUCUUGACUGUUGGCUCAACACACUUAACAUAUUCUAUCUCUUAGACGAACACAAUAAGAUGGUCAAAUUACUGGAUCAACGGACUCUUCUUCGGCCAGGCUUGGAUCAGAGAUUGGACACAGUUUUUGAAGAUUUUAUUCUGAACCUGACCAGAAAUCCAUUUAAACUACGAUUUUUAGGCUUAUUCGAAAUAGAUCGCGUUUCAACAUUUGCUCUGGGAAACUCUUUAUUAACACAUUCCUUACUGCUCAUCCAAUAUGACGUAGAACAUUUCUGA